GGGAGGGGCUGGGCGGGGGGCUGGUGGCAGAGGCCGAUGGACUCGCGGGUAUCGGAGCUGUUCGGCGGCUGCUGCCGGCCGGGAGGGGGCCCAGCCGUGGGCGGAACCCUCAAGGCUAGGGGAGCCGGCGGCAGCAGCGGCUGCGGGGGCCCAAAGGGGAAGAAGAAGAACGGAAGGAACAGAGCGGCCAAAGCCAACAAUCCCCCGUACCUGCCCCCCGAGGCUGAAGAUGGAAACAUCGAAUAUAAACUGAAGCUAGUGAAUCCAUCCCAGUACCGCUUUGAGCACCUGGUGACACAGAUGAAAUGGCGGCUCCAGGAGGGCCGCGGUGAGGCCGUCUACCAGAUUGGGGUAGAGGACAAUGGGCUGCUGGUGGGGCUGGCUGAGGAGGAGAUGCGGGCCUCCCUCAAGACCCUGCACCGGAUGGCGGAGAAGGUCGGGGCCGACAUCACUGUUCUCCGGGAGCGAGAAGUAGAUUAUGAUAGCGACAUGCCCCGGAAGAUCACUGAGGUGUUGGUACGAAAGGUCCCUGACAACCAGCAGUUCCUAGACCUCCGUGUGGCCGUCCUGGGGAAUGUGGACUCAGGGAAGUCGACUCUGCUUGGAGUCCUGACCCAGGGAGAGCUGGACAAUGGGCGGGGCCGGGCUCGACUCAACCUUUUCCGCCACCUGCAUGAGAUUCAGUCUGGCCGAACCUCCAGCAUCAGCUUCGAGAUCCUGGGCUUUAACAGCAAGGGAGAGGUGGUGAAUUACAGUGACUCACGGACGGCAGAAGAGAUCUGUGAGAGCAGCUCCAAGAUGAUCACCUUCAUCGACCUGGCAGGCCACCACAAGUACCUACACACCACCAUCUUUGGCCUCACCUCAUACUGCCCUGACUGUGCCCUGCUCCUCGUCAGUGCUAACACUGGGAUUGCUGGCACCACCAGGGAACAUCUGGGGCUGGCCCUCGCCCUGAAAGUGCCCUUCUUCAUCGUGGUCAGCAAAGUGGACCUGUGUGCCAAGACCACAGUGGAGAGGACGGUACGGCAGCUAGAGCGGGUCCUCAAGCAGCCUGGUUGCCACAAGGUCCCCAUGCUGGUUACCUCCGAGGAUGAUGCCGUCACUGCUGCCCAGCAGUUUGCCCAGUCACCCAAUGUCACCCCUAUCUUCACACUGUCUAGCGUGUCUGGAGAGAGUCUGGACCUGCUCAAAGUCUUUCUGAAUAUCCUGCCACCACUCACCAAUAGCAAAGAGCAGGAGGAACUCAUGCAGCAGCUGACGGAGUUCCAGGUGGAUGAAAUCUACACGGUACCAGAGGUGGGGACAGUCGUUGGAGGGACACUUUCCAGAUUAGGCUUUCACCAUCCAGAGAGCUGGAGAAAGCUAGUCUGUUGGCUUAUGAGGGAAGAAACACUAUUGCUGCUUACUGGGAAUCUCCAGGCCCCUGAGGGAGAAGUGUGGGUCUUGGGCCCCAAGAAGAAAACUAGAAUAUAUUCAACUGACUUAAUCUCCAGUGGGAUUUGCCGUGAGGGGGACCAGCUGGUGGUGGGCCCCACGGACGAUGGCUGCUUCCUGGAGCUGAGAGUAUGCAGCAUCCAGCGCAACCGCUCCGCCUGUCGUGUGCUGCGAGCUGGUCAGGCUGCCACGUUGGCCCUCGGGGACUUUGAUCGUGCACUUCUUCGCAAGGGCAUGGUGAUGGUGAGCCCCGAGAUGAAUCCCACCAUCUGCUCAGUGUUCGAGGCAGAAAUAGUCCUACUAUUCCAUGCUACCACCUUCCGGCGAGGCUUCCAGGUGACAGUACAUGUGGGCAACGUACGUCAGACGGCAGUGGUGGAAAAGAUCCAUGCCAAGGACAAGCUGCGGACAGGGGAGAAGGCAGUGGUACGUUUCCGCUUCCUGAAACACCCAGAGUACCUGAAGGUGGGCGCCAAGCUGCUGUUCCGGGAGGGUGUCACCAAGGGCAUCGGCCAUGUCACUGAUGUGCAAGCCAUUGCAGCAGGAGAGGCCCAGGCCAACAUGGGCUUCUGAACUCCAGGCGGGCACAGCUCUAUUGCUGUCCCUACAAUAUAUAAGGUGACUUCUGGCCACGCUGCCCCACAUUGGCGGCUCUGUGUGUUAAUAGGCUAGGGAGAGAGGGGUGCUCCCUGCCACUUUUCUGGAGAGGUGCCAAGCUUAGUGUGGCCAGGAAGGGGCAGUCCUGAGGGAGAAGACAGAAUUCAGGGCAGUGCUCAGCAAUUGUGUCCACCUGGUUGGCCCAUCAACCCGGGCAACUCCAUGGCCUGUCCACUGGAGGGAGCUGACUGCUGCCACCUCGGCCCCACUGUCAGGACUGGGCCGGUGUGGUCCCUGCACUUCAGGAAUUGUCACAACAACUGGGGGUGGUCCUCGGAAGCACUCCUUUUUCUAUACCUCUUCUCAAGACCAUGUAAGUUGCCCAUCUCUGCCUGACUGUGGACAAAGACAUCUGCUCCUGGCCAUCUGGUGGCCCAGGAUCUGAAGAAAUGGCACAGGGACAGUGAAUGGCUGUGCUCCCACCCUGUGCUGAGACAUGAGGCCCGUUCUUCAGCUUUAUCCCCCUUCCCUUCUUCACUCAAGGGCCAUUUCCCCAGUUUGUCCUCCCAUAGGCCCCACUGGUGCUAUUUGUUGUGCUGGCCCAGGCGUGGGGCUGUCGAGCGGAGGCUCGGCAUACCGAAGGUCAGCUGCACGUUAAUCAGUCUUGUCCUCCCCUUUGCAGUGACCUGUUGGUUUUAAUGCUGGAUCAAACAGUAUGUUUUCCUCUCCCAGACUGGUGGUGGCUGGGGACCUGACCCACAGCUCCCCAUCCUGCCACCCUCACCCCCCUUCCUGCUCCCAUGUAAGUCCUCUCAUUUUAGUAAUUUGCAGUGACCAUCCCUUUCCCUCUGUUGCAGGGAACCUAGAGGAAAGGGAAAGAUGUUGCCAUAUUUCUACUUUUUAGGGCAUGGACUCCCUCCUUUCCUUUUGUUAGUGUCCUGGGUUCCCAUGGACUCAGGGAUUUGGUGGUUGAGGUUUCUCUGCAUAUAAAUAUAUAUAUAUUUAAAUACACAUAUAUAUAUUGUACAGAAUAAAAAUGUUUUAUUGAA